CAGAGAGAAGAACAGCAUCAAAAAGCGAUAGAGAACUCCAGGAAAGCCUUCACCAAAGUGACGCAUCACAGCCGUGCCGUGUCCCCAAUCGAAGGGACCGCCAAUAAUAAAUUUCUGAAAAAUCGAAAGGAGAGUUGGUCGCCUCGGGCAUCAACUGAAGAGCUGCCGCCAUAUUUAAGGGACGAGUUAUACCGUCACGAAAAUAUCUGCCAUACGUCACCGAGACCAAACAAGUACAAACUAAUCGGAAAAUAUAUCGAUCAGGUCUCAUUUGUGGGGUUUUUCGUUGUGUGGUUCGGUGUAACUGUGGGAUAUAUGUUAAAUAUUUCUUUGAGUUAA